AUGAAUAGAAAAUAUGUUCCGGUGGAUCAGAUCAAGGUGUUAGGCUUCAGCGAACAUCCCGACGGUCGUGCGAACCCGUACGAGGAACACAGGAGCACCGAAUACCAAUCCAAGUAUCACCGCCGAGCGUAUUAUCCCUUUUGCCGUCGUGCGUAUUCCCGCCGAGCGUAUCCUUUCGUUUACCGCUGUGCGUUGAUUUCGUUAGCGGUGUGGUCGACGGUGGUUUUCGUCGUCACGUGUUACGUCGUCAAUCGUGUUGUGGCUGCCUGUCGACGUUGCGGUCGUGUCCAGUGGCGGGAACGGAACAUCACUCUCAUCGUGGCCGUCGGGAGAACGAGAUUUUGCACGUUCAAGAUGAAAACUCUCGUGGACACGGAAAUAUCAAAGCUUGAACGGCAACGUAUCGUGAAAAUGAUGAAGUAUUUGCCAACGAUCCAGAAAAGAUCUUACACCAAUCCGUUCGACUCUCUAUAUAACACCGUUGCAAAGAAAAUAAUGGAAAAACCGAAAAGCCACAAGGAAAUUGUUCCGGAGAAGAAGGUGAAAAACAUCCGAAUGACCGAAUAUCAAGCAGUUUACGAAGGAAAGAAUGUAUUGUAGGAUGUCUCAAAAAGAAUGCAGGAUUUAAAUCUGCUAUAAAUUAAAUUUAUUUUUUUUUAAAAAAACAACAAAUAUAUUAUUCUUUUUACAAGUUAAGAUUUAACAGUGAAAAACAGUAUCGGGCAUAUGAUCCUCCCUACUAGCCCUACAGACGAUUAUUCUUUCCAUAAAAUUUACACUCGAUCACACAUUGCCCCAUCAAGUUCAUUAAGGACACGACGAAUUUCUUGCUUAAGUUCCAAGACAUUUCGAACUUUGUUCUGGUAAACUUGUGACUUAAUGUAUCCUCAUAAGAAAAAAUCACACGGCAAAUCGCAAGAUCGGUAUGGGUAUAGUUCUCCGCGCAACGAUAUUAGUCUGUCCGGGAACUUCUCACGCAGCAGAGCGAUUGUUUCUCUUGAUGUAUGACAAGUUGAAACCAUACAUUUUCGAUGUUCAUUUGGUCCAAACAAGACCAAAGAAAAUUAAUAAGCUCAGUAGGUUAUUCUUGUAUGGUUUCAACUAGACGGCGUAACUUGUUACACUUCAAGAGAAACAAUCGCUCUGCUGCGUGAAAAGUUCCCGGACAGACUAAUAUCGUUGCGUGGAGACCAAAGCUACCCAAAUCGAUCUAGCGACUUGACGCUGUGUGAUUUUUUUCUUAUGAGGAUAUACGUUAUGAUAAGUCAGGAGUUUACCAGAACAAAGUUCGAAAUAUCUUAAAACUUAAACAAGAAAUUCGUCGUGUCCUCAACGAACUUGAUGGGGCAAUGUGUGAUCGAGUGAUAUUAAAUUUUAUGGAAAGAAUAAUCAUCUGUAGGGCUAGUGGGAAGGGUCAUAUGCCCGAUAUUAUUUUUCACAGUUAAACCUUAACUUCUCCCGAAGACAAUGA